AUGGCUGCGGUUCAGUCAAAUGUAAAUAUGGAAGAUCACAGUGAAGUUAAGGUUGGCAAUGGUGCACUCUUUGUUGGAGUUUAUGAUGGCUACAAAGGGCAUGUUCAGGAGAAUGAUAACAAUAUGUCUCUAGACAUUCCUAGGAAAGUUGUUUCUGAAAUUGAGACAGGGUUUAUUGAGUUUGCCCGAAGACAUUACGUGCAACUUGGUCAACCAAAGAUUGGUAUAGUUAGUUCAGGUUGUCUGAUUUGUAUCAUAGAGAGAAGGACAUUAUAUCUCGCCAACGUUGGAGACUCGCGCGCUAUACUUGGUUCUAAGAUGGGUAUUGGUCCAUUUAAAAGACUGUGUGUUAAGCAAAUGGCUAGAGAUCACAGUUGUAAUAAUCAGAAUAUUCGAGAUGAACUCGCUGUAUUGCAUGAUGAUAAUUGGAUUUGCAACUAUAAUGACGGAGCAUGGCGUGUUAGGAACACAAGCAGCGAGGUGUCUUUGGUGUCUGGCACAUGA